AUGGCACCAUCUCUUGUCCGCAUUGAUGCUUCGGAACAGCUUGAGAAGAUUUUACACAUCAUCGAACGCGAUGGUGCUGUGAUCGUUACCAACUUUCUGGCAGAGGAGCUUUUGAAAGAGUCCAUGGAUGCCAUAAAGCCACAUUUGUCCGGGAGGAAGAUGUAUGACUCUAAAGCCAGCCACGGAGAACUUGGUGCAGAUUUCUUCCCAGAAGGAUCUCAGCGUGUCUAUGGGUUGCUCGCGAAGAUGCCUGAACAGCUCAUCAAGAUCGUACGUCUUCCUGUCUGGCAGGGUAUUAUGGCACGGUUCUUGAACGACGAGUUCGCUUCUUACACUGGAGAAACACUUCUGCCCCAGAGGAGCGGGUACAUGCUGGCGUCCACUGCAGCUCUUCGUCUGGUUCCUGGCGCUAAGUCUCAGCCUCUUCAUCGAGACCAGAUUGCCUAUCAGGUUAGACCAGAUCCUAGCAAUCCUCUUUUCACGCCGAUGAUGGGUUGCCUGGUUGCAGGAUCGAAAUGUACAUACCAGAACGGUGCUACAGCUGUCAUCCCCGGAAGUCAUCUCUGGGGUGUGAAUCGUGCUCCAAAGAAGGAAGAAGCGACGUACGCUGAGAUGGAGCCAGGUUCAGCCUUGUUUACACUGGGAUCGACAUAUCAUGGUGCUGGAGAGAACAACUGCGGAAAUAACGACCCCGACGCUUUGCGCACGCUGUUCGCAAUUUUUGGGCAGAGAGAUUACUAUCGUCAAGAUCAGGAGGAAGUCCUCUCGACCCCUCUUGAGAUUGCUCGUGAGCUGCCCGAAGACAUCCUCAGACUGGCAGGCUAUUACAAGUCUGUUGGAGGUGUUGGUUUUGUGGAAGACCACCAGCAUCCGGUCGAGUUUCUGCAGAAAAACCAGACCGGAAUAGGAAAGUUUGUGUCCGCCGCUAAAGUGGCAGUUUAGCUAGCUUGGU